GCGGCGGCGCGCGGCGAUGAUGGCGAAGGCACGCGACGGAACGGUGACGGCGGCGGGGCGCUCGCGCACGUGAUGCUAAAAGGAUUGUUAAUUAUACAUGAUUGGUGACAUCGUAGAAACUAAACAAUGCCAACUAAAAGAUCCCAUGGAUUUGUUUCAUUCUGGGCAAGUUGUAAAAAUAUGUGCCCCUAUGGUCCGCUAUUCAAAGUUGGCUUUCAGGACCUUGGUUAGGAAAUACAGUUGCGAUUUGUGCUACACACCAAUGAUAGUGGCAGCGGAUUUUGUGAGAUCUGAAAAAGCUAGAGACAGCGAAUUCACAACAAACAAAGGUGAUCAUCCGUUGAUUGUUCAGUUUGCUGCUAAAGAAGCACAGAUUUUGUGCGAUGCUGCCCAUAUCGUCUGUCCUUUUGCAGAUGGAAUAGACCUAAACUGUGGCUGUCCUCAGAGAUGGGCAAUGGCAGAAGGUUAUGGUGCUUGCUUAAUAAAUAAACCAGAGCUCGUUCGAGAUAUGGUGAGACAUGUACGGAAUCAGAUCGACAACCCUAGAUUUUCAGUAUCUAUUAAAAUAAGGAUCCAUGAGGACUUAAAAAGAACAGUUGACCUGUGUCAAAAAGCUGAAGCAACUGGAGUUUCGUGGAUUACAGUACACGGGAGAAGUGUAGAAGAAAGACAUCAGCCUGUACAUUAUGAUGCAAUUAAAAUAAUUAAACAAAGCAUGUCUAUACCUAUUGUGGCUAAUGGAGACAUUAAAACUUUAAAAGAUGCUGAAAACGUUCAUCACUUGACAGGAGCAGAUGGUAAGAUUAAACAUCUGAUGACUUUCCAGUGGACGGCAGUUGCUGCCUUUCUGUACGGCGAAAUCGCAGUCAUUCUGGUGCUCUGCCUGCCGUUCAUUUCUCCGCUGAGAUGGCAGAAGAUUUUUAUGAUUCCUCUAUGGAGCAAAAUGGCAGUUUUUUGGAACAAGAUGUUCCUUACAAUAAUAGUUUUACUGAUCGUCUUGUUUCUUGAUGCUGUUAGAGAAGUUAGGAAGUACUCGUCCGUUCAUGUGAAUGAAAAGGCUGCAAAUGUCAAUACCAAUGCCUUUGAUCAUAUACAGAUGAAACUCUUCCGAUCGCAAAGAAACCUCUAUCUCUCAGGUUUUUCCUUAUUUCUUUGGCUUGUAUUGAGACGUACUGUUACCCUUCUUACUCAGUUGGCAAAAGGGAUGACAUCUCACGCAUGUCUGGAAACGCAAGUAAAUGAUGCUACUGAAGCAGCCAGAAAAUACAUGGCCGAGAAUGAAAGGCUGCAGGAGAUACUAGGACUUACCUUCCUCUGUGGCUUGGCCCUUGCAUUUGUGUUCAUUUGCAAGCAUGCUUCAUUCCACCGUAUGAGAGAGGCAAGAGCAAUUGUUUAUAGGGCACUGGCUGCCUUGAGUGGAAAAGAAAGCAGUAAAAAGAAAGAGUCAGCAGAAGCAACUGAUGAGAAGUUGAAGAAGGAAGUUGAACACUUGAAAGCAGAGCUACAGAAGACCUCAGAUGCUCUCAAGAAGGCAAACAAUGAAGUAACCGCAGUUAAAAAGCAGUCUGAAGGCCUUAAAAGAGAAUAUGAUCAUCUAAUGAAAGAAUAUGAAUGGCUGCAGGCCAGUUUAAAUGAAGCAGAAGACAAGAAAGAACUGUAGAUGCAUUGAAGACGGAUGGCAUCGCUACAGUUGCUUCAAUGUGAAAAGCCUUAUGCUGUUUAGGCUCCUGAUGUGUAUCUGAAACAAAACUUGAUUUUUUUCUGAAAAGCACAUGCACUGCAGGUCACUGUUCAGAUUCCUCUAGUAUAUCUUGGUUGCCAAAAUAUUCUAUGUUGCAAAUAAAAUAUUAAGUGGCUUGCCUGAUUUACCAUGGAGUUUGUCACUGCUCUUGUGAGGAGAAACUCAAAAAUCUUUAAUAUCAUAUGGAACAACUUGACUGUUCUCCAAGCUUUUGCCUUCCAGAAUGGUAACAGAUCAUGCAUCAUUUGCUUGUAGCAUUUGAAUGAAGUUGUCUGUCACGCUAUAUCAUAAAAACACAGUUACCUAAACCUCCUUUGCAACACCUCUUUGGAGUCUUCAAAAAUUCAGUUACCAGUGGGUUGAAGAAGGCUGAAAGCUUUUCAUCAGCUGUUCCACUUCAGUGGAAAAUUGAAUGACAAUCAAAGGAAAAUAAAGAAAGAAUGAAAACUGUAUUUCUAAGUCUGUUUCACUAGGCUGUGACUUUCACUUAGCUACAUGGAUGAAUGUAUUUCAACAAAUAAUAUUUUGCAUGCCUCUGGUUUAUUUCUCUUUAAUAUAUUGGGUUAUUUCAGUUUUCAUAACCAAAGUUUUGGGUGGUUUGGUACUAACAUUCUGUAUUUUUACGCUGUUUACAUCAGUUUACUCUCUAUGUGCCACCUAAUCUUUCUUGCCUUGCUAAGUAAAAAUUCUUUUUAAAUGUAGAUAGUUGGGUUUGUUUUGUUUUGUUUUCAUGGAUACGAUACCUCGAAUAAAUGUGCACUGUUUUGCAUAAGCCCUUUUUGGCAUUCAGAAAGCUGUUUUGAGUUUCUUUUUUGUUAGUUGGUUCCAGUUUAUAUUUGAAAGUUGGAUAUGUUUGUUAUAUUAAAGGGAUUCUUUAAGUUCA